AUGAGGGACAAUGCGAAAGGAGCGGAGGCGGUACCUGCCAGUUCCAUUGCACCUGCUUCCGAGCAGCGCUUGAAAACAGGUGUUGCGCCAGCCUGUGCAACACGAACAGCAGCAGCAGCAGUGGAAAAAACUGCGGCGCAGGCUGCAGCAGCUAAGGCAGCUGCUGCAUCAGCAGCUGAAGCUGCGGCUGCAGCCCACAUCGCCGUUGCUGCAAUGACGACUCACGAACAGGAGACAGUUGCUGACGCCGCAAAAGGUGAAGCAACCGAAUUGCAUGGGCAGGCAGUUUAUUCCCGCCGCAGAAGUGCUGGGGAGGAGGCUGCGUCUAAUGCUGCGAAAGCAGCAGAAGAGGCAGCAACGGCAGCAGCAGAGGCAGCACUUGGGGCCGCAGCAGUUGCCGAAGCAGCGAACGUAGAGUCUGAGUACCACACCCCGACACAGCUGGAGGAGUUUCUUGUUUCCCAGGGGCUGCGUGUAGCUGUUGCACUGGAGACAGCUGCAACUGCAGCUGCUGCUGCCGCUGAGGCUGCAGGCCAGGUAGCGACGUCGACAGCUCGCUACGCUCUAGAGACUUCAAGCGGCUCGAUUGCUGCGGCAGCCCAGCGCUGUCACGAGGCUGCAGCUUCUGCUGUAAGCUCAGCUUUGUCUGCUCUCUCGGCGGCAGCGGCAUCUACCGCUGAUUCCAUUUCAGCAACAGCUGCUGCAGCACGUGCAGCACUGGAAGAAGUCACAGGAGCAGCAACGCGGAAGAUUGUGGAUGCUGCAAAGGCUUUCGAAGAUACUAUUGCCGCCAAAACAGCUGCACUGGAAAGCACGCUUCUUUGGAGGCAGUCUGUUGAGUCCUAUGACAGUGAGAUGAGUAGCAACAGUAGUAGCUUUGGUAGAAGCAAGGCCCUGAGGCGACGCACCUCAUCGCAGUCGAGCAGCAGCAAAGACAGCAGAAAAAGCCACAGGAACAAAUCAAAGGGUCGGAGCUCAUUACUGCGCUAUUUUUCGUCUGACUAUGAACGAGAAGGUAGCGAGGGUGGUGCGCCCGAAAUUAUUUCCAAUGAGGAUGAGGCAGCACACAGUCGAAGAGGAAAUGCUGCCAUUGCUGCUUUUCUCGCUGACUCCCGGUACGAAGGUCUCUCACUUUCUUCCGAAAUCGGUUCCGGAGAUUCCAUUGAAUGUCAGGGUACAAUGGUGCCACUACAACCUCCUCCUGCAGCGGUGAUAGCUGCAACAACCAGCGCAACACCAGAUGACAGUGUCGAUGCCAUUGUUGCCGCUGCGGCAGCGGAAGCUGCCGCGUGCGAGGCUAUCGCUGAGCAGCAGCUGCAUCAACGGCACGAGGCAAAUGAUUCUCGCAGCCAAGUUGUGUACCGUUCAGAGGAUUUUUCCGCAGCAGCUUCGGAAGUAGCACAAGCAAGAAGACCACCAUCGCGGCAAUUAAAAACGAAAGCGGCACCUCCAUCCAAAGUAGCAUUACCAGUAGUACCAGCAGGAGCCGUGACAUCAGCGCCAGCGGAUUUGGAGACACCAGCGGCAGAUGAAGACAAGGAGGAAGGAGUGGUUCCACAGAAGGCCGUGCGCAAGCAAGUAAUGCAUGCGUCCGAACCCCCACAAAGCGCUAUGGAUGUGCAGGAUUACGAGCAUCAGACGAGAGAACAAGUCCACAGCGCAGCGGGACUGGAAGACAGGAGCAGCUGCAUGAGUACCCGGGAGUGGCGGAUAUUCAAGGUUACCGAAGACGCGGCCACCAGCGCGCGUAGCAGUUGUUGCAACAGUAGCAGCGAGCAGUGUAAUAUGAACAGAACCACAAGGUGCUGUGAAGUUGCCACCGAUAGCAAACGCGAACCUCUUGGCGCCCACAGAAACGGACUGCAACUUGGGGUCGCAUGCAGUGACAGCAGUAGAAACAACAGCUGCAGCUGUUCAUCUCUUCUAGAGUGCUCUCUCGAGGAGUUUAUGGAUUGCUGCGCUUCAAGGGAACAAGACCGUAGUACCUGUAGCUCAAGCUGGUGGAAGGACAGCGGUAGCGGGGAUCCAGGCCUGCCGCUGCUCAAUUUGCAGCAGCGCUGGACGCCUCGGCGUUUUGCACCCGAAGCUUCUGUGGAACAAGCCUACGUUGCUGUCGAUGCUGUUGCUGAUGACCAAGAGAACGACGCAGAAGCAGCAGAAGCUAUUCGUGGUCGAAUAGGCCGAGCGCUGCUCGAGUGCCCUCAUUUUUCGAUGCCGACGAUAGCCCUCCUACAGCAGAGCAGCGGCAGCAACAACAGCAAAAUAUUUGUCGAAGAUGGGCAUGAGCUAAAGCAGUUUUUGCAGCUCUUCCCCUUCGCAUGUGUGCCUCUCAGUGAUCUGAUGUCGCUGAUUAACUAUAUGGGGGACCCACGAGUUCACACGAGAGUGGGUGGACUGGAGAUUACGGCUAGUGCAUUGGAAGACCCUAUGAGUUUCACACUUCUGGCAGAAAUGCUGCAGCAUUUGCAACAGAAUGAUUUGCUGCCCUGUUUGUUUCUGUUGCGUAUCACGGGUUACAGCAAUGCAGACCUCCGAGCUUGUAUGUCUCCAGAGCAGCAGCGCCGGAUCUUUGAGCUACAACAGUCUGCCUCUGGCAAAGAUAGGCCUCUGCGGAACGACAGCUUGGCAGCGUUCGCUGCCAGUAGAGCUAUGGGAACAUCGGGAGUGCAGGGUCCCAUCCCCACCAGGAAUAGCCGCUGCAACCGCGUUUAUGGGAAUACACGCUCAAGAAGCACAAGCUCCAGCACCAGCAGAAGCAGUACCAACAGUAUAACGAGCAGCAACAACACGAAGCGCGACGAGUGGGUAAAGCAACCGCUUUACGUGCCUCCGAUGCAGCUGCAGAGAAGUUUAAGAUCGCUCUGUCGUCUGCUGCCGCAGUUGCGGCGGCUUGAGCUCUUUGCUCCCAGUGCGCAAACACGAGAUGUGCCAGAAGGAACAGCUGUUGAAGCACGUGAACCAUCUGCAACAGAACGAAGGCACCUUGCUUUUUCUAAACUCAGUCGAGUGUUUGAUUACAUCAGCCCUUUCGCUGUGCUGGCUCAAGCCAUGCGUUUCGAAUUGUUGAGCGUUAGGGUAACGAAGCUGCUGCUUUGUUGCAGCAAUUGCUGCGGUCUCCGCGCUACAGAAGAUGAUUGUAUGAAUGCUGGCCAUCGAAGAAACCCGGAAAAAGCCAUGCGGCGUAGCAGAUGUCGGGGCAAGUGCUGUAGUAGAGCUACCACCAGCAACGUCAACCACUCGAGCUGCCGCAAAAGUAAAGGAUGCCCUGGAGAGCAGCGCAGCAGCAGAACUUCCACUGACGACAAGUUCACAAGCAGCAUAGCGGAGCACUUCAGCGAGUACGUAGCCAGCAGAGAAGACGCAGGCCUCGUCGAAAGGGAGUCGUCUGCUUCUCGUAUUGAAGAAGCUGAUCGCUUUGGAGGGGUCAUUAAGAGGACAGUUUGUAUGUCAUGCGAAGUUUUGGACGCUCCUAUAUAUGUUGCUUCUGCCGUGAGUGCUUCGAGCAGGAGGCAUUCGUGGCAGCGGUUUGUGCUUGACUCCGUCGUUUUUUCGGCGGCGAGCCAAAUUGACAUUUAA